AGGAUACACAGCGUAGCGGUCCUUCCCCGAACCUUUACCAGCUUUACUUAUUUAAACCAAGUUUCAGGUCACCUUUCUCUGCAUCCGCCCACCACGUCGCUCCGCACACUUGUUUCCCGAGUUGUCUGCUAUUCCAGCAUGGGGAAAAGAAGCAGGCAGCGGCAGAAAAACCAGACUCCUGGCAGGGACAACAGAGACAACGCUGGCUGGGGAGCUGGCUAUGCUGACAUUGUCAAGGAGAAUAAGCUGUUUGAGCACUACUACAAGGAACAAGGCCUGGUGCCUGAUGGAGAGUUUGAACAGUUUAUGGAAGCAAUGAGGGAACCGCUGCCGGCAACCAUCCGCAUCACUGGAUACAAGAGCCAUGCCAAGGAAAUCCUCCAUUGUCUGAAGGAAAAAUAUUUUAAGGAUAUUCAAGAGCUGGAGAUCGAUGGCCAGAAGAUUGAGGCUCCACAGCCUCUGAGCUGGUAUCCUGAUGACCAGGCCUGGCACACUAACAUGAGCAGGAAGAUCAUUAGGAAGUCUCCUCUGCUGGAGAAGUUCCAUCAGUUUCUGGUCAGCGAGACUGAGUCGGGUAACAUCAGCCGACAGGAGGCUGUCAGUAUGAUCCCUCCUCUCCUCCUGAAGAUUGAAUCCCACCAUAAGAUCCUGGACAUGUGUGCAGCUCCAGGGUCGAAGACAGCCCAGCUCAUUGAGAUGCUCCAUGCCGACAUGGAUGUGCCAUUCCCGGAGGGCUUUGUCAUCGCCAACGACGUGGACAACAAGCGCUGCUACCUGCUUGUGCACCAAGCCAAACGUCUCAACAGCCCAUGCAUCAUGGUGGUCAACCACGACGCCUCCUGCAUCCCCACGCUCAAGAUCGACUCCGACGGCAAGAAGGACAUCCUCUUCUACGACCGCAUACUGUGCGACGUGCCCUGCAGCGGGGACGGCACCAUGAGGAAGAACAUAGACGUGUGGAAGAAGUGGACGACCAGCAACAGCCUGCACCUCCACGGGCUCCAGCUGCGUAUCGCGGUGCGCGGCGUUGAACAGCUGGCUGUGGGAGGGAGAAUGGUCUACUCCACCUGUUCACUCAACCCUAUAGAGGACGAAGCUGUCAUUGCAGCCCUGCUGGAGAAGAGCGAAGGAGCACUGGAGCUGGCUGACAGCUCAGCUGAUCUGCCAGGGCUGAAGUGGAUGCCUGGCGUCACUUCCUGGAAGUUGAUGACCAAGGAGGGCCAGUGGUACUCAGACUGGUCUGAGGUUCCAAGCAGUCGUCACACACAGAUCCGCCCCACCAUGUUCCCGCCGAAAGACCCAGAGAAACUUGCUAGCAUGCAUCUGGAGAGAUGUAUGAGGAUUCUGCCACAUCACCAGAACACUGGAGGUUUCUUCGUGGCCGUGCUGGUGAAGAAAGCCCUGAUGCCUUGGAACAAAAGAUAUCCCAAGCUGAGGAAGGAUGUCUCGUCCCUGUCAGCGGCCCAGACUGGAGGCUCCCCGGCAGCCUUGAUGCCCACACACACUCCCCGCCUCCCCGAGAGCGCGGUGGAGGCGGGAGGGCCGGAGGGAAAAGUAGACGGGGAGGGAGAAAAGGAGGCACCCAAAGGAGCUUCCUCUGCCCAGGAGACCACUGAUAAACAAGAUGGAGUGUGUGGGCCUCCAGCCUCUAAGAAGAUGAGGCUGUUUGGUUAUAAAGAAGACCCCUUUGUGUUCCUUACUGAAGACGACCCUGUCUUCACCACCAUACAAUCUUUCUAUGACCUGUCACCCAGCUUCCCCAAGCUGAAUGUGCUGACCAGGACCCACGAGGGCAAGAAGCGACACUUGUACAUGGUGUCCAAAGAGCUGCGCAACGUGCUGCUCAAUAACAGCGAGCGCAUGAAGGUCAUUAACACAGGGGUGAAGGUGUGGUCUCGCAACAGUGAUGGAGAGGAGUUUGGCUGUGCCUUCAGACUGGCUCAGGAGGGUAUCUACACUCUUCAGCCGUACAUUCGCUCCAGGAUAAUCAGAGUGAGUGUGGAGGACAUCAAAGUGCUGCUGACACAGGAGAACCCCUUCCUCAGCAAACUGGAGGACGACGCUCACGCUCAGGCCAAGAAAAUGGUUAUGGGUAGCAUUGUGCUGAAGUACAUUCCUAACCCAAAUGCCCCAGCGGAGCCUCAGUGUCCCAUCCAGCUGUGUGGCUGGAGGGGAAAGACAUCCAUCCGAGCCUUCGUCCCCCGCAACGAGAGGUUUCAUUACCUCCGAAUGUUAGGCGUGGAGGUCUUCAGAGACAAACAGGGCCUCGGGCAGAAACAGGGGGAUGAAGGCAAGGAAGAGGUGGAAAAGGACGCAGAGGAGGAAGGCGCGGCUGAAAAUGAGGCCGAGCUGGACUUGGAGAACGGCGAUAAAAACGGAUCGUCACAACCAAAGGCCGACAGCGGUAACCAGGGGACGAGCAGCUGAGGAUGUAGAGGAGGCAGUGGAGAGGAAGGAGGACUGGCUGAAGAUGUAUUAGAGCUCUAAGAGCUGUUGACCAGGUCCAAGGCCACAUUAUGUGGUAGAGGAGGGUGACGCCUGUAUGGGUUUCUCUGUUUACCACACUGCCACUGCAGGAGGAUUACAGCCCAGAGACGGACUCCUUGGGAUUGUUAUGUUUUGGAGCCCCUCCAGCUUUUUAGCGAAAUGGCUUAUCUUAUUUUAUAUAACUGUUUUUUAUGGUUUGACAAACUUAUUCCACUCACCAAGUGGCAUCACUUUUAUUUCAGUUGCUUGUGUUAAGAGAGGUUUAUAUAAACUGCCAUCUCAUUUUCUACACCUGUAAUUAGGCAGAAAUAUGGAGUUGAUUAAAAUUGUUGAGGUUUAAUUGUGUCACCGGAAAAUUAUUCGACUCUACGCUCAUUCUUGGCCAGUUGAAGUGUAAAAGGCAUGCUUGAGAUGGGGUUGAUUAUGCUCUGCAAAUUAGAAAGAAUAAAACAGCUAUGAGGAAGUAAAUAGGUUAGGUUCUUAAGGUAGUAUGAACUCCUAAAUAAAACAGAGGUAAAUUAAGUGAGAAAAGGAGGGGCUAAGGGUUAACAACGUUAACGUUUUCUUCUCCUGACAUUGAUUGAACCAUAAAAACUCAUACAUACAUAUUUGGAAUGUUUUUCCAUGAAAGCAUCCCUUCAUCCCUUCAAAUGGCUAAGAUAUGACUGUACACCUUUGCUUUUAUUUAGUAUGCACAGAUCUAAAUAUCACCAACCCCUACACCACUUACCUGCAGCACAAGUGUACCUGCUACACAAACCUCUGCUUGUUUUCUGUUCUGCAAGCUACUGUAC